UCUUGCACAGAAACCAGAAAUAGCAAGAGCAGCGGUUAAACGUCAGAAUAACAAAGGAGCCUCUAAAGACUUAUCCCUGCCGAGGCUUGACAUAGCGUUUGAACUUCAUUUGCGCAGCAGAUUUAUGCUUGUAUAUAUAGAGAAAACGGGCAUUCUCUAAACGGGAAAUUUCUUGUGUAAGACAAUGCCUUAUCAUUGGCUGAGAGCACUUUAGUUAAAAAUGCUUCCUUGGGUGAAAAAGUCUGCUGCAGAAAGCAAAUAAAAUGAGGAUGAACAGUGAAUUUAGAAAGUUAUGAGCACGUCCACUUAGAAUGAGUUUAUAUUUAGCCGCUUCAAAAAAAAGAAGAGCAGUUUUCAGUCAAAAAUCAAUCACACGUGGAGAGGGAAAGUUGGAUAUAUCUUCAAGGAAAGUCUGUGCUGCCUCGAAGACAGCUUUGAACGUCUCUAGUCACACUACUUCAGAGAUUGGGGUCGCUGAUAAUUUGAAGCUCUCAGUUUCAGCCGCUAUGAGAAACUAAAUCUGAUCUCGGUAUUUCAGUUUUGGACAGAUCCGAUUAAAAAAUGAAGACAAAGGAAAGAUGAAAAAUCGAAAAUCUCUCUAGAGAAAGCGUAAUCACUGCCUAGCAAUUAGCCUUUGGUUUUAUUUUGAAUAGUUUCCAUGCGGCUAUUUCGAGCAGCUUUUGUCGCGCAAAGUGAAAGCACUUUCCAUAUGUCUAAUUGUUGAUAGAAUAGUGAACUUGCAGCAGAAAACAAUUUUUUAUUGAAUCCAGAUUUCUCAAACCAUAUUUCUGUUGUGCUACCUAGAGUCAGAGCGAAGAGUGUAUUAACAUUGCAGACACGGGAGUUUCGCAUGAGGCUCUGCAUUUCAAGGCAUGGACAAUUCACGCGAAUUUGACUCCGUUUCAGGACCAAGGACAGAUCCACAUCCAAGCUGUGGCAAUUCGAACUGAGCAGGAAUACGCGGACAGCUUGAGCGCAGAACCCAAGGCUGGACAAGUCCACACAUGGAGUAGUUUAAAUUCACCGAGAAAACCGAUUCCGAAUUACACAGGCAGACGUUCCUUCUGACCCAUUGUUCACUGACGAGCUUCAACAAGCAGAGGAGCUUGUACUCAUUACCUGUUCCUCCAACACCUCUUGGUUGGGUAGCCAAAAUCGACCACAAGGACACUUCUUCCAGCUUGGCACAACGCCUUCUUUGGCACAUUGUGGAAUCUCCGUUUCUACCUUCAAAACCUAGGUUAAUGAUUCAUAAAAUGUCACCUUUGAUGCCAGAAGAGGAACACACAUCAAUGAAAAGACAAAACCUUUAAAACUCGGCUACAUUUCAACUCUGGACACCAAGACAGCUCCAUGAAGAGCAUGUGGUUCAGAAUGGGUGCUUCCUGUGCUCUCCACAUCCUGUUUCUUUUCACUCUGGUGCAAGUGGCUCUUCCCACCUCCAGUUACAACACAGGCACCAAGAGGGAGAUCACUAUGGAAGGGGACCUUGUUAUUGGAGGACUUUUUCCCGUCCAUGAGAAAGGGGAGGGAACAGAGGACUGUGGGAAGAUAAAUGAGCAACGAGGGAUCCAAAGGCUAGAGGCUAUGCUCCUGGCUCUGGACGAGAUCAACAAGGACAAUAAAAUCUUACCUGGCCUCAAACUGGGUGCCCACAUCUUAGACACCUGCUCAAAAGACACCUAUGCCCUCGAACAGUCCCUAGAGUUUGUGAGGGCCUCCCUGACUAAAGUAGAUGAGACAGAGUACAUUUGUCCUGAUGGCUCAUAUGCUAUUCAUGAUGACUUCCCUUUGGCUAUCUCUGGGGUAAUUGGCGGCUCCUACAGUGAUGUCUCCAUUCAGGUGGCCAAUCUUUUGAGGCUUUUUCAGAUCCCUCAGAUUAGCUAUGCCUCCACCAGUGCCAAGCUCAGUGACAAGACCCGCUAUGACUACUUUGCUCGCACUGUGCCACCUGAUUUUUACCAGGCCAAAGCCAUGGCAGAGAUUCUACGCUUUUUCAACUGGACCUAUGUGUCCACAGUGGCCUCAGAAGGGGACUAUGGGGAGACCGGCAUCGAGGCCUUUCAACAGGAAGCCCGUGCACGGCAGAUCUGCAUUGCUACCUCCGCCAAGGUUAGCCGCUCCAUGAAUCGGAAGAGUUAUGAAGUAGUCAUCAGGUCCUUGCUGCAGAAGUCCAAUGCCAGGGUAGUCAUCCUCUUCACCAGGAGCGAAGAUGCCAGGGAGCUGCUGGUGGCUGCGAUGCGCAUGAACGUGUCUUUCAUAUGGGUGGCCAGCGAUGGCUGGGGGGCACAGGAGAGUGUCGUCCGGGGCAGCGAGCUGGUGGCCAAUGGCGCCUUCACCAUAGAGCUUGCCUCCUACCCCAUCAAGGAGUUUGCUGACUACUUCACCCGGCUGGAUCCCUACAACAACACUCGCAACCCGUGGUUCCGGGAAUUCUGGGAGCGUCGCUUCCAGUGCAGCCUACAGGACCUGAGCUGUGGUCAGCGCUCCCUCCAAGAUGGCAAAUUUGAGCAGGAGUCAAAGAUCAUGUUUGUGGUGAACGCUGUUUUUGCCAUGGCACAUGCCUUGCACAACAUGAGGCAGGCCGUGUGUCCCAACGCCACCAAAGUGUGUGAUGCCAUGAAGCCAGGCAACGGGAAGAGGUUUUACAGGGACUACAUCCUUAAAACAAAGUUUGAUGCUCCAUUCCGUCCAGCAGACACUGAAAAUAUUGUCAGGUUUGACUCAUAUGGUGAUAGCCUGGGGCGCUACAACAUCUUUCAUUAUCAUAAGGUGGAGGACAAGUACAUCUACAGAAAAGUUGGUUAUUGGGCUCAGGGUCUGGUCUUGAACAAGAGCCUCAUCUCCUGGGCCAACCAGGUAGUUCCCACCUCCCAGUGCAGCGAUCCCUGCAAGAAAAAUGAGGUGAAAAGCAUGCAGCCGGGAGAUGUCUGCUGCUGGAUCUGCAUCCCUUGCCAGCCCUAUCAGUACCUGCUGGAUGAAUUCACUUGCAUGGACUGCAGCUUUGGACGCUGGCCAUUAGAAAAUCUCACUGGCUGUUAUGAUCUGCCUGAAGAAUACAUCCACUGGGAGGAUGCAUGGGCUAUUGGUCCAGUCACUAUCUCUUGCUUGGGCAUCAUUUGCACGCUUUUUGUGAUCGGUGUCUUUAUGAAGAACAAUGAUACACCCAUUGUGAAGGCCUCUGGCCGAGAGCUCUCCUAUAUUCUGCUCUUUGGAGUACUGAUGUGCUAUAGUAUGACAUUCAUCUACAUAGCAAAGCCAUCAGCUGUCAUCUGCACCCUUCGUAGGUUGGGCUUGGGUACGUCCUUUGCUGUGUGCUACUCUGCACUCUUGACCAAGACAAACCGUAUUGCCCGGAUUUUCAACGGAGUCAAGGAAGGGGCUCAGAGGCCCAGGUUCAUCAGCCCAACCUCUCAGGUGGUCAUCUGCAUGGCACUCAUCUCCUGCCAGCUUAUUGUCGUCAUCGUCUGGCUGCUGGUAGAGACACCUGGGGUCCGCAAGGAAGUCAACCCAGAGAAGCGAGAUGUGGUAACUCUGAAGUGUAAUAGCAAGGAUUCCAGCAUGCUGAUGUCCCUGACCUACAACUGCAUCCUGAUCAUUCUGUGCACUGUCUACGCCUUUAAGACCAGAAAGUGCCCUGAGAACUUCAACGAGGCAAAGUUCAUUGGUUUCACCAUGUACACAACUUGCAUCAUCUGGCUGGCUUUCCAGCCCAUAUUCUAUGUCACGGCAAGUGACUACAGGGUUCAAACCACCACCAUGUGUAUCUCUGUCAGCCUGAGUGGAUCAGUGGUCCUGGGCUGCCUCUUUGCUCCUAAGCUGCAUAUCAUCCUGUUUCAACCCCAGAAGAAUGUGACAAGUCACAGAGUCGCAAUCAACCGGUUUAGUGUCACUGGCCCAGGAUCUAGCUAUUCACAUGCCGGGCCUUCAGUUACACAGUCAAACUCUUCAUUGACUUAGGAACGAGGAAGAAGUGCAGCCGAAGAUUGUGUAAAAGAAUCAUUUAUUGAGUUUGUGGAAACUUGGAUGAGGGCCAACCUCCCUGCCGUAGGAUGGGAGAGGUUAGGAACCGCUUACCCAGUGAAGACAUGAAAAAUGAAGGAAGAAGAGGAAGAAGAGAGGGUGACAUGGAAUAUAGUAUAUGGAAAACUAAGGAAUUGAGUCAAGAUUAGUUGUGGGUUGCAGCAGCUGAGCUUCAUCUGGCUGCCUUCACUCCUCCAGAACGUUAGAUAAAACAACAUAAAUAUUAAUUUGUCUGCUUGUUCCCAGUUCUUAAACAUGUUGGAACGUGAACCUUUGUAUUUUGUAAAUGAAAUAAAGUACCAAACUUGUGACUAGAAACAAAAGGCAAAUAUUCAAUUGAAGAAAAGUAGGGCUUCAAUUAUCUAAUUAAGGUGGGAUGGAACGAAACCCAACAUGUAUAUGGGUCACCAAGACCAGGAUUGAGAUCCACUGGCUUAUAGGGAAAAGGAGCAUGGAGCUGCAGGCUAGAUCACCAACAGACAGAGCAGCAGGCAGUAAAAUCCAUACCCAUGCAUGACCAAAGAUAGCACUAAAAAGAAGUUUGUUUCUUGCCUUGGACAGGGAACCAGAGCAUAGAUUAACCUGAGGGAGGUGCAAUCGAGCCCACUUCCAGUUGGAUACAGACUCAGUCAAUGAGCUAGACAGAUAAAACCCUGCUAAGUCACUUAACUGUGAGGAAAGUAAAGAAUGUAGCCCUGAGGAGAAGGCGCAGAGAUACAGUAGCAUGCUUCUGAGCAGACUGCUAAUGAUGUUUAUAGAUAAGCUCAGUCCUCUGUCACUGGGAGCACAUCCCAUUGGUUUGUGGCAACUUUAAGGAAUGAAAUUGGAAGAAAAACCCUGUUUAUACAGUACGUGUGUAUAGUGCAAAAAGCCUUUACUAAGUUUCUUAAUUCACUUAGGAGGAAAAAGUGUGUUAAUAUUUUUCUGCAAUAUUCAGAGGUUCUGUCUAAAAAGUAAUGCAGCCUUUUCGAGAGUUUUAAACUCAACUUUCACAGGCAACACUGUGUGCCUACAAGAUACCAAAUCCAAAAUUCCUGGAAAGGAAUUAAUCUAAAUGGCAUGCAGAAAAAAGAAAUCCAACUAUCAACAUUUUCCUUGGUCAUUUUUUUCUUUUCCUGCACACCUUAAAAGCACAGGUUUGUGUUGGCGGUGGUGGGCACCAUUUGGAAAAGUCAGAAAAAGGAUAAAAAUACCCUAGGAAAGAUGAGAAAAUUCUGGGUUAAUUUCAGUUAAUUAAAAAGCUUCAGGUGGCUUUUUUAUAUAGAACACACCGCAAAUCAAUAAAACCAAACAUUGUUUAAUUUCUUUUUAGCCUCUGCCUCCAACUAUGUGCCAACAGUCUGCAAUGGUAGAGAGGUGGUAGAUUCCACUACCUCUUCAUUGUGAAGACGGAUAUAAACGUCCUUUGGCCAAAUAUAUGAAAGUUACUAUCACUAGUCAAGAAUGAAGUGUUACAGUAUGAGAAUGUUUUUGCACAGAAGAUAUGAUCUUCUUGUCCUGAAAAAGUGCUGUGAAUACAAUGUCCCAAUUAUUAUUUUUGACUAGUACAAUACAUUUUAAAUAUCAGUAUCCCUCCUUUUUAAAAAAAAAUGUACACUUUAUUUGAAACAUGAAGUAAAUGAUAGAUUAAUCUGUUAAAUGUAUAAAAAAAUGUUUUUAAUGUAGAUUUUUGUGAACCAGUUUGUGCUUUCUUGUAAUUUAUGUAAAUAAAAGGUGUUUUAUAUGAAUAUUAAAAACUGUAUUUGUGCAAUGUCAUUUUAUUCUGCAAAGUUAUUCAAUCAUUGGAGUGAGAUUUUUGGUUUUAAACCUUCCUUCAGGAAGUACUGGCCUAUUAAAACAAUAUUUCUAACAAAAAGCAAUAGCCUUGACUUCUAUACACAAAAUAUCAAGGCUCUAACUCAGUAUAAUGAAUGAAGAUUUGGUCUGUGAUGGGAAUAUUUCCUAUAGAGAAAGAUAUAUCAGCAGACAUUAAACCUGCUUCGAGUAUAUUUUGAGCAUUCUUAUUGUAAAAAUAAGACACUCUGGACAGACCAAUGGCAUGUUCAUAGCACAAUAAAGUAGAAAAAAUUCCAUUAAAAAACACAGUGUGUAUAGCCACAGAAAACAAAAUGAACAAUGAUAUUAAAGCCAACACUAUUUUUGUUCCCAAUAUCCUGCCAGAAAUGUUAAAGAAAAUGGUAUUACUGGUUAAUCUGUGAUGCUUCAGAGAUCUAAUAUGUGGAGAUUAUUUUUGGUAAACAAAAUAUAAUAAUAAUUUCUUA